AUGGGGCUGGUGCUGAAACAUCCUUGUGGGACCUUUGGAAAGUCUGGUCGAACACAUAGAACGAGGAGGAAUGUGACUCGGGUCAUGUGUUUGCUGCUGGCCGUGCCUGUGCCAAGCUUUGUGGGUGCCUGGCCGCAGAGGCGACGUGGCGACACAUGUCAAGCACAAGCGAUGGAUGUGGCCACGAUGGGAGGGGCCGUCUUUGGCACAUCCGUUGCGCUGAUUUUCGGCCCCUUGCAAGGCAAAAAAGAUUUUUGUGGAAAGAGAGUUUCUUUUUGUGGAAAGGAUGCCAAGCUCGACCCGUCUUCUGAUUUAAUUUGCUUGACCUUUGGUAUCUGUAAUGUCAGUGGCAGCUUAGGCUAUGACUGGGCCUCUAGAAAGGAACUUGAAAGGCCAUAUCUGGAAAUGCGGGUGGUGGAUGCAUCGAUCAAUGAAGAGGGUGAUGAGUUGAUGCGGAGGGUAGAAGCUCUCACUGUUUUGGAAGGUGAAGGCCGCGCUGGCGAUCCUGGCUCUGGAUGGUCAAGGGUCUAUGGCGUCUACGGUGUGGCACCGCCCGAGAAAUCGAGCUACCAGAGCGAGGCUUUGCGGAUCUCUGGAGAGGCUGCUCUCGAUGGGAAGGGAUUGGGAAGGGCCAUGGUCCCAGCUGCCACGCUUCCAUGCUAG